CCCGGGGCCAUGGGCGCGGUGGGAGUGGGCCCGGGGACCCAGGGGUCCUGCUCCCCGCGGGACCCUCUGCUGCCGCUGCUGCUGCCGCUGCUGCUCUCCCUCCUGGGCCAGGCGGCCGGAAAGCUCUUCACGCUGGAGCCCGGGAACGGCUCGCAGGGACUGGACCUUCCCGCUGCCCGGGCCUCGUGCGGCAGCGUCGGGGCUCGCCUGGCCACCGCGGAGGAACUGAGGAGAGCCGUGCUCCACUGCGCCUUCACCUCGUGUUCCGGAGGCUGGCUGGCGGACGGCACCAUCGGGAGCACCGUGUGCAGGCCGGAGGGUAGCGAGAAGCAGAACCCGGCCCGCGGAAGCGUGCAGAUCGAGAGGAAUCCCAUCCCAAGCCGCAGAUACAACGCGCUUUGCAUCCAGGAGGAAGAAAAGCCCUGUGGAGACCCUCCGAGCUUCCCUCACACCAUCCUGCACGGACACACUGGCUUCGAGAUGGGGGAUGAGCUCCUCUACAUCUGUGCCCAGGGUUACGUCAUGGGCCGCAAAGAGUCUGCGUUCACUUUACUCUGCGAUGGCUGCGGAAAGUGGUAUGGGCAGGUGCAGGCCUGUGUUAAAGACAAGACGGAGGCCCACAUAGACUAUGAGGAGAACUUCCCCGAAGAGCGAUCUGAGCCGCUCGCCGGGCACAAGGAGGAUGCCGGUGGGGAGGAGGAGGAGGAAGAGGAGGAAGAGGGUGGUGAUGGUGGGGAGAAAGAAGACCAGCGCCAGGGAGUCUCCAUUUCCGGUCCUUCGGGGAGGGAGGACUUAGUAGGGGGAGGAGACACUCAAUCCCAGGGCUCUGCCCAAGUCCCGGCGGAAUUUCCUGACCUCCUCCUCAGCCAGAAGGGCUCAUUUUGGUACGUCAAUGGGGCCCUCCAGGAACCUACGGCGGAGGCCUCGAUAGACGCCCACACCGACAGCUGGUUUUCAGAAGCCCCUGACCGCCUCAGCCCGAAAGGGGACCUCCUGGAGCCGAGCACCCAGAUAUCCUCUGUCCAGUCUCCCCCGCAGACUCACAACCGCAAGGGGGAUGAGGCCUGGUUGGACGGCUUCCCGGUGACCCCGGCGUCCCCGGGGGAGGGGGAAGACACGGGGGAUGAAACGGAUGGGUCCGUGGGGAUGGGAGAAGGCUCUCUGUCUUGGACCGAUCGACCCAAUCAUGUGGAGGUCAGGAAGCCCACCGGCACCGGCCUCCAUCCAGACGACGACAUCAUCCAGAGAUCGCUCCCGCCAACGAGGACCUGGGCGUAUGGAGCGGGCGCCCUGACCUCCACCGGCGCCCCCGAGAACGUGAGUCCUGGGGCCGGGGUGGGGGACGGAGACGGUUUCUGGACGCUCCAGUCCAGGGACCUUGGAGCAGAGGAGUCUCCCGUGGUGACGGAGAUUCCCGACCGGGCCUCCUUCACCCCGGGCACAGCAACGACCGCAGGGAGUUGGCCCAACCAUUUCCCAUCUCCCAGCCAGGUUGAAGAAACCACCUCCACGCCCCCGGUGAAAACCACCUGGCCUGGUGGUCAGAAUGUCUUUCCCGACCCCUCAUCCUCCAAGGAAUCCGUGGGGCGAGGACCCCCGACCCCAGGUAGGGGCGAGAUGGUCCUCCCUACUGCGGGGGCCUGUGGGGAAGAGCCUUGCGUCGGCUCGGGCAAAGGGCCGGCUAUCGCCCUCCUCGUGAUCGUCCUGAGCCUGUUGCUGCUGCUGGCCGCCGUCGCCGCCGGAUGGUGCUACCGGAAACGCCGACAGACGACCUCGGUGUACAGGCUGAAAGGCCAGGGUCAGGCCCGGCCCUAUCACCAGCAGAUCGAAAUGCAGAAAGUCUAGGUGCUGGCCUCGUGGGUUCCCCCGGGGUGGGGCGGGGGGCUGCCUGAGAGGAAGUAAAAAGAACAGCAAACCAAAUGGAAUAUCACAUUUCUGGUCAAUGCUAAAAACGGAGCAGGGGAGGAGACAAAGGGGAAGGACGGCUCGGGGGCCACAGAGGGGACUCCUCCCCAAGGCUGGCUCUGUGGGAUUCAUUUAAAGGCCCCCAGCGUUUCCGGCUGAGGGCUGCCAGGAGAACUCAGAAACGCAACGGGGUCGAUAGCAGAGACCUACUUCUUGUCCACACGCUGGGCUCACACCAUCCCGAGAUGGAGGCCUGCCUCGCGGGACCUAACGCGAACCAAGAAAAAGCAGGAGGAAAGUCUCCCUUUCGGACUAUGGCCUAAGGAUCCGUUCUCUUCUUCUUCACUUUCAAAAAAAGAGAGAGAAAACACGAGUUGGUGACAUUAGCGAGCCCGGGGCAUCUUGGGGCUGAUUCUACCACAGCGUCUCGGUGGCUAAGACUGCCAGGGGGAGAGCGAUGGAACGGAAAUUGUGGAAGGGAUCGAUCAGUGGUAUUCAUUGACCGCUUACCAUGCAGAAAACACUGCACUAAGCACUUGGGAGAGCGCAGUGAGUUGGGAGAGAUGAUCCCUAUCCUCUAGGAAAUUACCAUCUCACAAUGGCAAAGCUGGAGAGUGAAUGGGGCUGAUGUUUUUUGAGGGAGGAGGACGGUCUCACCCAUGGCCACGAGACAACCAGAUGGCUCCAUUCGUACUUUAAAAGAACUCAGCACUGACUCUGCCCGUGAAGAUUGUCCACGACAAAUGCCAUCACACCGUUCCUCCAGCCACCCUGGUGCCUCUGUCAGAGAUGGGUCAUGGGGGUUUGGACGGUACUAAUGGUGACUUUAAGGGUGAGAAUCUUAAAUUUUUGGAAUAUAUGGCCUAACUGCUCUCUGCUCAGUGUCUGGUGUUGGGGGUGAACUGUAGAAGAGAGGUAUUAGGUCUUGGAUGAUAAAUGUUCCCCUUGGAGUCAGGAGGGGAGGGAGAGGAAAGGGAAGCGGGGGGUAGGAAAAAAAGGCGGGGGAAGGAUAAACUACCAAGUGACGUGAUGCACUUGAGUGGAUAUCAACAUCAGGAUUGCAGCGGUAAACUAUUUUCUUACAGCAUCGUAGUCGUGAACUAUUUUGAUACAGCAUUGUAGUCUAAAAUACUGAAUCCACAGCCAUUGGUUUAGUGAAGAACGUUAACUCUUAAAACUGAAACAUGUACUGUUUGUCAUCCUUGUGGAAAUAUACUAGAAAAUAAAUACCACAAAUCAG